GUCAGAACCGAUACCGGUACCCAUCCCUAGUCUUCAGCCAUUUGACAGGUGCAAGAGCCUCUGUACAGGACAAACUCAUCUAUACGCCUGUGCUCAAUACUAGAGCUGCUACUACUUACAAAUUUGGUUGUCUAUGAUAGUUUCUCAGAUAGUGUAGUGUUCAAUGCCAAUUACACUGUUUAACUGAUUACAUUUAUGAUUAAUUACUGAUAUGGCCCAACUCACAGAUUAACAACCUAACAUUAGGUGGAAGAGGUGUACUAUUCACAAUAGACGAUAAUAUUAAUGUGAGAAAACGACCUAGGAGACAGUGUAGCUACUCCUGUUUAAUGUUUUACUGUCUCAUUUCACUCAUUAGAUAAAAAACCGUAACCCCUGAAAACUGACCCAAUCAGAGUUGAUGUCACAGCUCCAGGGUGCCGGCAUAUCAAAUGCUCGUGCACUGCAGUGUUGCUGUCAAAGAUGGAAAGCAGUCUGCAUUUAACUUUGUUUUUUCUUUGUUUUUGUUUUCUGUGAAAUGCUUUCAGAUUUUUAACAAUUCUUAGUUUCCAUUUUCUGCCAUUUCGCCGUUUGUGCAGCGUUCUUUUUCGUUAGCAUUAAGUGUAGUCUUUGCAGACGAUGUCGAUGAUACUGUCCCAAUAGUUUCCUGUAGUAUACUGCACUUACAAAAACACUUUUAUGUAUUAGUAUUAAGACGUGCUGACAAUAAAAUUAUAUGUCAAAAAACGUUUUAUAGUCAACAUCAUUGAUUAUGUCAACGAAUCAUUGCAGCACUAAUGAACAGAAGAAACCUGCAUCAGGGCUCUUUAAGCUCACACUGUAAAAAAUAAAGAAAUAAGAGGCUAAUACUAACAAGGGAGUAAGAAAACCUUUAAAAUUGAUCAAAAUACAGUUAUACACCCCUCCUUCUUUGAAAUGUAAACAUUUUCCAAAGCCAUCCAGUGAUUUGGUGGGCUGCUUUUGGCCCACAGGCUGUAUGUUUGACACCUCCGCUAUGAACCUUUUCUUCAGGCAGUAAAGGGAUUUUAGGAGCAGAGGGCAAUAUUCAGAUACUUUUCAUUCUUGAACUUAAUGUCUUACCUUGUUUUCAUUGUAUGAUAAUCAUGAUUGGAAAAGGCUAAUGGGUAAUAUACAUGUAAUAUGUUAAAUGUUGCAAGGUAUGGGCAACAUUUUAAACUGUUUUAAUGCAAGCACCUUUCAAUCUUUCUCUGCAAGGCACAACCUAUGAGUUACACUCUUGCUACUUGAUGCUGAGUUACACACGUCACUAACUAAUGUUCUGUUUGUGCGUCUGGAUGAAGAAUGAAGCGGCGACCCCUGACUCUAGCUUCUGCUGGAGCCGAUAACAUGAAGAUGGACUUCUCCCAGUCAGAGGUGCAAAAGCUGAUGGAGCAGGAGGUUCCCAGUGCAACUGAAACUAAACUCCAGGGUUUAAUAGAAAGUAUUCAAAAGCUUGAACAUGGAGUGAACUUUGAAAGGUCCAUUGAAAAACUUGAGGCACGAGUUAAAAUAUUGUCUAAAAGAGCAGAAGCUGCUAUUGACUAUGUGACAAAGAUGCAAAAAAAGAAUGCAGCGCCCACUCUGGUCAGAACAAAUUCAGAAGAAAGAGACAUGGAAGCUGUUUCACAGAAUGCAACCAAGAACGGGGGGCUCUUUCAGAUGAUGGAAAUCACAAGACAGACACUUAAGAAGAUGCGUGCUGACAGUAAAGCUUUGAUGGCUGCCAUGGCAGAUUUAAAUAAGGAGCAGCGUCCUCCAACUCCUAACAGCCCAUUGGAGUAUGAGGAAACCACGAGAAGAGGAGUAAAGAGGACGCAUGAAGCUGCCACGACUGAUUCAAAUGAGGAGCGGCUGCCUCCAGUUCUGACUCCUCAACGGCCUUUUCAGCUUAAGCAUGAGUACACAGCUAAGCAAGAAAAAGAAAACAGUGAAGAAGAGUUUGAAGAGCCGAGGCAUCGAAAGGUGAAAACAGAAUGUGUCUCUUCUGUCGCCACGAGGAGUCCCAGUCACACUGACUCAGAGCAGAACGGACUCUCGUUACCUCCUCUUCCUUCUAGACCCUUCCCCUCCGUCCUGAACAUGGAAGCGGCCUCGUAUAGCAUCCCUCAGAAACUUGAAGUAAAUCUGGCCCUCAUCAGAAACCCCAGCGGCCUCUCUAUCCUCUGGAAAGUGGUGGAGGAAGACCCAUCUGCUCCACCCAUGGACAGUUACACGAUCUUCCUAACUAUGGAAAAGGUUAAGGGCAGUGGCGCUUUCCCAGACUGGAAUAUCCUCGGUGAGGUGAAGGCCUUGAAUUUGCCCAUGUGUGUGCUGGUCAGAAAGUAUAAGCCUGGUCACAGGGUGUGUGCGGCUGUGGUGGGUAAAGAUGUAUUUGGCCGGUAUGGACCUUAUAGUGCAGUCGCUACUUCAGUCAUACCCGAGUAGUUGGGAAGAGGACAUGAAGCCGCCUAUUUAAAUUUCCAGCUGCUCACUCUUGAGUUUGUGCUGGACAGCAUGGACAGUCCUUGUGCUGAUGUUGUUUCGGGGCCAGUGUUUUGCUCACAUAGUUUUUAAGUACCAUAAACCUUAAUGGUCACAUAAAGCUAAAGAAGCUGCACUUUGUAACUUGUGCCUUUCAUCAGUAUUUUCGGUUCAGAUGGAAAACGGUGAACUUUUGUUUCAAGCUCUUCUUUCUUUGUCUGCUUUCAGAUUGUUAAGGACAGUGUUGCAUAUCACUGUUAAGGUCACCAUGAUUCAAUUAGUGCAUUACUUCAAAAUAUAGUACAGUUUACCUCUAAUAUACAGCUCCAAAACAAUGUUGCAUUAUUAUUAUUGUUAUUAUUAUUGUUGUUAAUAAAACUUUAUUGUGCUCUUUGUGGGGUUUUA